GGAGAAUUUCCUCCUGGAGGGGCUGCCCAGCCCUGGCCCAGCUGCCCAGGGCGGGGGUGGGGUCCCCAUCCCUGAGGGGAUUGAGCAGCCCUGUGCAUGUGGCACUUGGGGACGUGGGACAGCGGUGGCUUUGGUUUUCGGGGAAAUGGUUGCAUCCCAUCUCAGAGGACUUUUCCAACCUCACCAUUUCCAUGCGGGGGCCAUGGUGAGCCCUGCCCCAGCGCUGGUGUCGGCUGGGGAAGCUCGGCUCGGCUCGGCUCGGCUCGGCUCGGCUCGGCUCGGCUCGGCUCCCUGUGCCUUUGGGGCUGGGAGCCUGUCCCUGGAGCAGGGACCCUGCCGGACCCCCCUGCAGGAGUUCGGGUGUCCGGCACCGCUCUGCACCUUCUCCCCGCGCUGCUGCUUCCCUCCAGUGCCACCAGCCAGUGCCACCAACCAGUGCCAGCAGCCAGUGCCACCAGCCAGUGCCAGCAGUGCCAACACCCCCCUCCCUCCCCUUGUCCCCCGCUGGCCCUGGGGGCAGGGGCUGAUUUUGGGCACAGGGCUGGGGGUCCCCCAUGUCCCUCCAGCCCGGGGGGUGUCAGGAUGCGCGGCAGGGUGGCACCGGGGCUGUCGCUGUCGCUGUCGCCGCCGUGUCCGGGCCGCGCGCGCUCCGCCCGCCCCACGCUGCGUGACCCGCCCCGCACACGGCGGGGACCGCCCCGGGGGUGGCGCUGGGGACACGCCGGGGUCCCGCAGCCCCUCCGCGUGCCCCCGGGGCCAUGAAGGUGAAGGUGAUCUCGGUGCUGGAGGACAACUACAUGUACCUGGUGAUCGAGGAGAGCACCCGGCACGCCGUGGCCGUGGACGCCGCGGUCCCCAAGAGGCUGCUGGAGAUCAUCAGGAAGGAGGACGUGGUGCUCAGGGCCAUCCUCACCACCCACCACCACUGGGACCACGCCAGGGGCAAUGAGGAGCUGGCGCAGCUCUUGCCAGGCCUGCAGGUGUUCGGGGCUGACGAGCGCAUCGGGGCCCUCACGCACAGGGUCAGCCACGGCCAGGAGCUCUCGUUCGGGGCCAUCAGGGUGAGGUGUCUCUUCACCCCGUGCCACACCUCGGGCCACAUGUGCUACUUCAUGUGGGAGGACGAUUCCCCGGAUGCUCCAGCUCUUUUCUCAGGUGACACCCUGUUCGUGGGGGGCUGCGGGCAGUUCUUCGAGGGCACGGCGGAGCAGAUGCACACCAACCUCACCCAGAUCCUGGGGACCCUGCCCAAGGACACGAAGGUUUUCUGUGGCCACGAAUGCACCGUCAGAAACCUCAAAUUCGCCUUGAAGGUGGAGCCAGAGAAUGAAAUGGUGAAGGAGAAGCUGGCGUGGGCCAAACACAGGGAUGACGAGGACCUGCCCACGGUGCCCUCCACGCUGCACGAGGAGUUCCUGUACAACCCCUUCCUGCGGGUCACGGACAACUUCAAGAAGCCCAAGGAGAGGCCCAACCCCCAGGCCGUGCUGGCCUUCGACUGGGGGCUCUUCGACCCCUUCCUGGAGAAGAAGUGACACCCCCGUGGUGCCAGGGCUCCCUCCUGGCCGGGCCCAGCCCGGCUUGGCUCCAGCUGGGCUGGAUUUUGUCUUUAGGCUGCUUGUGUGAGGCUGCUCUGCUCUGCUCUGCUCCCCUCGGGGGUCCCUUUGGAGAGCCCAGGCUGUGGGACCCCCCCUCGGUGCUGGGGUGACUGCAGAGGGUCAGGAGGUGGCUUGGAGCAGGGGACAGUCCCAGUUUUGGGGAGCUGCCAUGGAAGGGAGCCAGGGAUGCUCAGGGAUUGUGGUGCCGUGCCCCACGGAGCACCAGGCUCCCCUGCCUGCCCUGCAUCCCAAUCCAGGGCUGCUGUGCUGGUGGCUUUGGGACUCCUGGGAGCCCCCACGGCCCCUCUGGCCCCGUGUCCUAUGUGAGGGACACUUGGGUCCCCC